AUGUCAGCAGGAAACCACACAGUUGUUGUGGAGUUCAUUCUGCAGGGAUUCUCAGAAGACCCACAGGUCCGUGGUCUACUCUCGGUCCUUUUCCUCCUCCUCUACCUGAUAGCUCUUGUGGGAAACAGUCUCAUCAUCACACUCAUCAUGGUAAGCCCAGGUCUGCACACCCCCAUGUAUUUCUUCCUUGUCAAUCUGGCUGUUUUGGACAUCAUCUGCACAAACACUGUUCUCCCCAAACUUCUAGAGAGCUUGGUGAUUCAGGUGGACACCAUCUCCUAUCAGGACUGUCUGACCCAGCUGUUUUUCCUGACAUUGUCACUUGGUGCAGAGCUGUUGUUGCUCACAGCCAUGGGGUUUGACCGCUAUGUGGCCAUCUGCCAGCCACUGCGGUAUGGCACCAUCAUGAGUUGGCCACUAUGUACACUGCUAGCUGUAGCUGUGUGGACAAUCAGUGUAGUCAACACAUCAGUGCACACAGGCCUCAUUACACAGCUGAACUUCUGUGGCCCCAACCACAUCCAGCAUUUCUUGUGUGAAGUUCCCUCGCUGCUGUUGCUGUCUUGUAGUCCCACAAUCCUAAAUGAUAUCAUGAUUAUCAUGGCAGAUGUCUACUUCGGCGUGGUCAACUUCUUCCUCACACUGGCCUCUUAUGGCUACAUCGUGGCCAGCAUCCUCCGUAUCCGCUCAGCUUCAGGCAAGCGCCGAGCCUUCUCUACCUGCUCCUCCCACCUCCUGGUGGUCACCUUGUACUACUCCACUCUCAUCUACGCCUACUUCCUUCCAGUCUCUGGUGCCUCAAUGGAGAAUGGCAAGGUGGUGGCUGUGUUGUACACAGCAGUCAGCCCUGCCCUGAACCCACUCAUUUACACCUUGAGGAACAAGGAUGUAAAAGCUGCACUCCAGAAGGUGACCCCUGCCUCCUGGUGA